CACGUAAGCCGCGCUCUGGUACCCACCCGCCGCUGCGAGCUCACGCGAGAUUUCGGCCCGCACUAGUCGGCUGCGGAGAGCACGGGCGUUCUUUUCGGCGCGGCGGAGGACGGAGGCGGAUGUUUCAGCGUUGGGCGCGCAGUGUCCUGUCGGGGCUGUGUGCUGCCUUCCUAAGUUGAAAACACGCAGGAAUGCCUUCUUUUCAAACUCACUACACAAGUUCGAGGCCCUGCUCCCCUCGGCCAGCUCGAAGCCUAGGGACCAGCUGGGUACCGCCCCUCCCGGAAGCCCCGCCCACUCCAUAGUCCACCCACAAGCCCCGCCUAGCACGUAAGCCGCGCUCUGGUACCCACCCGCCGCUGCGAGCUCACGCGAGAUUUCGGCCCGCACUAGUCGGCUGCGGAGAGCACGGGCGUUCUUUUCGGCGCGGCGGAGGACGGAGGCGGAUGUUUCAGCGUUGGGCGCGCAGUGUCCUGUCGGGGCUGUGUGCUGCCUUCCUAAGUUGAAAACACGCAGAGUGAUGGCUCAAUCAGAAGUGACUUCUGUUGACUGCACGACACCAGAGAGAGCCUCGGACAUUGGUAAUCAGAGCGAUGACUCAUCUGAUAGCUUAUUUAAAACACAGGCCGUUCUUUCACCUACACAAAAGCGAAGAAAGCCUACAACAAAACAUGUCUUUGCACCUGCAAGUGUUGAAACGGACUCAAGUGACUCCUCCAUAGAACCAAGGCCAUUGACAUUGAAGGCUAUUUUUGAAAGGUUUAAGAAAAAGAAACGGAAAAAGAGGAAAUAUAAGCCAAAAUUAAGACCAAAGGAAAGACCACCUGGAAUAAGAAAUGCUAGAAACCCUAGAAGGUCACAAAUAGGUGUGAAGCAAAUUAAAAACAAAGGAGCUGUGUUUCCAUUCUUAGAAUCGGAAAGUGGAAGAACACCCUUACCGUGGAAGAAAAUAUUAACAUACGAGCAAGCUGUUGCAAGAGGAUUUUUCCACCACAUUGAAAAACUCAAGUAUGAGCACCACCUUAAAGAAUGCUUGAAACAAAUGCAUGCCGGGGAAGAUUUAGAAAAGGAAGACUUUGAGAGCCGGAGACACAAGUACAUGGAUGACGAUGGUCCUCUUUCUCCUAUUGAAGAGCCAUUAACAGAAGAUGAGGCAACAAACCCUGAGUCUGAAUGUGACGUCAAAUUGGUUGAAGACACUUGCUUCAUAAUAAACUCAGAAUUUUCUAAGAGAAAUUUAGAACAAGGGACGAGUAAGAAAGACUCUGUACUCUCUAAAAAAGCUAAGGCCAAAGACACUGCACAGAGAAAGCAUGAAAGAGCCUGGAAAGGGGAUGUACAUGUGAACAUCAAAAAAGGCUUGUGUUGAUUAUGAAGCCAGAAUUGAAGAUAUUUUUACAUUGGUGUUUGUUUCUAUGCACUGGCAUAUGCUUCAUAAACAUUAGCCUUGUGAGUGUUAGGAAUGACUGAGUAGAACCCUUCAAACAUAUGGGGUGUCAAGUGAGAGGCCAACCUUAAUAUGGUGAGGCAACUUUUGUGUGCUAAUGGCUGCUUUUACUGGAUGGAUGGAUCAUGAGGUUCUUCUACAGCGCCUCAUUUAACAUAAGAAUGGGCACUGCCAGUCAGUGUCCAGAACUGACUAAUGUGGCGAAACUGACACACAGGUUCCUAAAGCAAAAUGUUUGAAGAAGUCACCAGAAACCUUCUGGUAGAAGACUUUGAAUUUGUCUUUAAUCCAAGGAGAGAGAAAACAAAGGCAAG